GGAACCCCGGGGGACGUGGUGACGGGAGGAGUGUGGGAGGGGCAGUGGAACUGGAGUCAGCCAAUGGCUGACGCACUACGCGCAGAGGGAAAGACAGAUCACCAAUAGCGACACGGAUAUGGCCCCGCGGGCGGGGUUUAGGCCCAAAGUGGUGUCGGAGCAGCGCCUAUUAGUGUCAUCCUCACCGCCACGGCCGGCGCCUCCUCCUGGAUUCAUUCAUUCGCUCUUUUCAUUCACGAAGGUAGUGAGGCCUAGUGGAAAGCCAUGGAGAGCGCUCUUCCCGCCGCCGGUUUCCUGUACUGGGUCGGCGCGGGCACCGUGGCCUACCUAGCCCUGCGUAUUUCGUACUCGCUCUUCACGGCCUUCCGGGUCUGGGGAGUGGGGAAUGAGGCGGGGGUCGGCCCGGGGCUCGGAGAAUGGGCAGUUGUCACAGGUAGUACUGAUGGAAUUGGAAAAUCAUAUGCAGAAGAGUUAGCAAAGCGUGGAAUGAAGGUUGUCCUUAUCAGCAGAUCACAGGAUAAACUUGACCAGCUUUCCAGUGAAAUAAAAGAAAAAUUCAAAGUGGAGACAAGAACCAUUGCUGUUGACUUUGCAUCAGAAGAUAUUUAUGAUAAAAUUAAAACAGGCUUGGCUGGUCUUGAAAUCGGCAUCUUAGUGAACAACGUGGGAAUGUCGUACGAGUAUCCUGAAUACUUUUUGGAUGUUCCUGACUUGGACAAUGUGAUCAAGAAAAUGAUAAAUAUUAAUAUUCUUUCUGUUUGUAAGAUGACACAAUUGGUACUGCCUGGCAUGGUGGAAAGAUCCAAAGGGGCUAUUUUGAACAUUUCAUCUGGCAGUGGCAUGCUCCCUGUCCCACUGUUGACCAUCUAUUCUGCAACCAAGACUUUUGUAGAUUUCUUCUCUCAGUGCCUCCAUGAGGAGUAUAGGAGCAAGGGCGUCUUUGUGCAGAGUGUCCUGCCAUACUUCGUAGCUACAAAACUGGCUAAAAUCCGGAAGCCAACUUUGGAUAAGCCCUCUCCGGAGACGUUUGUGAAGUCUGCAAUUAGAACAGUCGGCCUGCAAUCCCGAACCAAUGGAUACCUGAUCCAUGCUCUUAUGGGCUCGAUAUUCUCAAACCUGCCUUCUUGGAUUUAUUUGAAAAUAGCCAUGAAUAUGAACAAGUCUACACGGGCUCACUAUCUGAAGAAAACCAAGAAGAACUAAACAUUGAUAACUGCAUUGUAACCUGGCCAGAUGCUCCAGUGUAUGCACGUUCACUGCAAGGCACUCUACUGGUUUUGAAAAUCUGAAGUUGUCAUUUCAAUAGUUAUUAACAUGACUAAAUAUUAUCUUAAUUAAGAGGAAAAUAGAAGUUGCUUUUAGGGGUUUCUGACAUAUAUUCUGGAUACUAUCAGAGGUAAUUUUGAAGUUUAAUAUAAAUGCUCAUAUGAAAUGAAUAUAGAACUAAUAUUCUCAAGAACAGCUAACAGAAAGGAAUACUAUUACAGCAAAUCACAGAAUGAUAGACUCAAGCAUAAAACUCGGCAGUUUUAUCUGCUUCAAAAUGCCAUUGAUCAUUAUUCCUGUAUUUUCUCUGAAACUGAUUAUAAAAACCAAUGUCCAGCUACUCUUUUGUUUUUGACACUUUGAAGAAAUGGAGAUUGAUUUGAUUUGUUUAUAAGCAGACACACUGCAAUUUACAAAGAUCUCUUUAAGGUUUUAUAAAAUUAUCUUCCAGUUUGUACAUUUAUAUGGAAUUGUUCUUUAUCAAGGGUAGCUAAUGACAUGAAAAUAAUUGUGAAAUAUGGAAUUAUUUCUGACACAUGAAGCCCACUAAACUAUGCUUUCUUAUAGUGCAUAUUUCUUCUCAGUUUAAAUGUAUGUAAAUAUCGAAGGUAUAUGGUAUGAUUUAUAAAGAUAAAUGGGCCAAAGUGUACAUUGAGACUGGCAGCCAUCUAUGGUACCACUGAAACCCUGACCCAGAAAAGUGGCUUGCUUGGACACCCAGCUGCCUUUGUUUCUGCAUUGAACCAAUAUUGAUCACACAUGUGACACAGGCUAGUCCUAUAAAAGUAAUGACUUCAUAGAAAUGGCAUUAUAAUUUUUAAAUUGAUACUCUACAGGUAGCUACUGAUAUAAUUAGUUUUAAUAAAACAUGCUGCAACCAUGGUAUACAACAAAAAUACAUUUCUUUGGUGAUUGAAAUUAAGGCCAUAUUUACAAUGACUUAAUAUAAGACUGACUUUUAUCCUGCUUCAUAACUUGUAUGGGGAACUCACCAAGAAAGAAUUUAAUACUGUGAAAUAUGCAGCAAGAAGAUUGGUCUUUACCUAGGCUGUGGUUCCUAAGCUCUGAGUUUUAAGCACCAGUAGAUUUGUAUUAAAAAAAAAAAUGGGGCCUUAGCUUCUGGCUUUUAAUUUUGCCAGCUAAGGACAUAAAACAAAAACAAACAAAAACAAAAACAAAUAACUAUCUGCUGUCAGCAUCGUUAUGUAAAAGAAAAUAUAUUUUAGCCCCUAAAAUUAGGAAGAAUGUAAUCUCAGAAUAAAGGCUGUCAUUUAAGUUGAAUAAAUAUAGCUUUAUGAAAAACA